AUGGGGAGGCUCAACUCCAUGAAUGCUCAGUACCCAAAGCUUAGACAUUUCGCCCAUCCUCAUGAACUAGAGCUAGUUAACCUUAACCUUAACCUCCACAAUCCCAAUCCCAUUCCCAGUAUUUGUUCAGCUUGCAAACUACAGGAAUCCUGUGGCCAAAUGUACAUGUGUAGGCCUUGCAACUUCACCCUCCAUCUCAGCUGCACCCAGUUCCCGGAGCUCAUCUCCCACCCUUGCCAUCCACACCACCCCCUCACCCUCCUCCCCGCCUCCUCGUACCCCGGUGGCCUCUUCAACUGUGAUGCCUGCAACCGCCGUGGAGAUGGCUUCAACUACCACUGUGAGCACUGUGAGUUUGAUCUCCAUGUUUUCUGCGCUUCCAAGCCCCUCAGGAUCGCCCACCACAUGCACAAGUGCCCACUUCACCUCGUCUUCAACAACCCCUAUGAUGAUGUCAAGGGCUUCUCCUGUGACGUCUGCAAGAGAAUCGGGAUCAAGCAGUGGCUUUAUAGGUGCAGUAGUUGCGAGUUUGAUGUUCACUUGGAUUGCUCUACCGCUUCUGCCCCCAAACCGCUGCUACUUCACCCACAGCCCGUGGUGCCGCCCAUCAGGCACCAUCACUCAUUUCUGGCAUCAACUUCUCAUUCCCAAUACCAGCAGGUGCCUGUAGCACAGGGUGGGUCAUUCAUCAGACCAAACCAGUUUGUGCAAACUCCUGCACCUGCAAUUGCAGUCCAGGCGGGCGGAUACACAAGACCAACCCUUACCCAACACGCCCAGCAGCAGCCUGCAAUGACAAACACCGCAAUGGGGAGUAGUGGCUUGUUGAAUGCUGCAAUUCAAGGCCUCAUGGAAGGGGCGACUCAGCAGGUAGGGCAGACCAUCAUGGGAAGUAUCUUAGGCCGUGGCACUGAUGACAGUGGCAAUGCCUAG